AUGACAAACCCACUUUCCCACGCCAAGAUCGUUCUCCGCCGCUCCAGCGAGCGCGGAUAUGCCGAACACGGCGGCUGGCUCAAAUCCUUCCACACCUUCAGCUUCGCCAACUAUUAUGACCACCGCUUCCAAAAUUUUGGAAGUCUUCGAGUCCUCAAUGAAGACCGCGUCUCAGCACGGAAUGGCUUCCCAACUCACCCCCACCGCGACGCCGAGAUCUUCAGCUACAUCCUGAGCGGCGAGCUGACGCACCGCGACAGCAUGAUCAAGAAGGGCUCUGAAGGCGCACAGGGCAAGGACUUCUUUCGUAUGAAGCGGGGCGACGUCCAAUUCACUACUGGUGGAACCGGAAUCGCUCACUCCGAGCAGAAUGAGUCUACAAAGCCGGUGCAUUUCCUUCAGAUUUGGGCUUUGCCUUGGAAGCAGGGACUCAAGCCUCAGUAUCACACUAUGACUUUUAGUGAGGAGGACAAGCGCAAGGCUUUCGUGCCUAUCUUGUCGCCUCUUGCUGCGGGCCCUGAGGCUACUCCGGCGCAGGAAGAAGCUGCUACGCCUAAGAUUCCCAAUACCAUUCCUAUUCACGCGGACUUUGUGAUGGGUGCAGGUAUCAUCGAGCCUAACUCUACUUUCAAGUGGAAUGUUGGCGCAGGAGAUGUCGUCAACUCGAAAAAGAAGCGCAAUGUUUAUAUCCAUCUGCCUAUGACCAAGCAGGGUAAGAUGAGGAUUAAGCUUAACGGCAGUGAAGAUGCCAUCUUGGAGGAGGGUGAUGGUGCUUUCGUCACUGGUGUGAAUGCUGGUGAUGCGCUCCGUGUGGAGAGUAUUGGUGAGGUCGAGGCAGAGGUCAUUGUUCUGGACAGUGAUUAA